UAUCACCGCUCAAUGGGCGGCGUCGGCGUUCAUGACCAACUGAGGAUGCGCUACAGUGUCCAGCUAGCCUACAAGACGCGCAAGUACUACAAGACCCUCUUCUUGGGCCUCUUUGACAUGGCGCUGGUGAACGCCUUCAACAUCUACCGCUUCUUCAGAAAG